GCUGUUGAAAUCAAAGACAUUUCUCAAAAAUUUAAACAAAAGCAAGAUGCUUUGGAGAUGAAAGAUAAACAAAUUGAAGAAAUUCAUCAAGCAUUGAGAAUGAAGAAAGAUGAAGAAAUGGACAGAAAAAGGAAAAUACACAACACUCACAAGAUGAUAGAAGACUGGAAAAAGGAGCUUAAUACAAUGUUGGUCUGUGAGAAUCUUCAGCUACAAACUGAUGCUGUUAAUAAUGAGUUGAAAAAAUUACAAGAAGAAAGGGCAAAUAUUGAUAGCGAUAUCAAUGAUCUAACAGCAGAGAAAAUGAACCAAGAGAGGGAAAAGAAAAGAAUAAUUAACCGCCUUGGACAACUUAAUAAUUUAAUGAAUAUGAAGGAAGAGAAUCUUAAAAGGAGAUUCCAAGACACACACUCUGCUCUUAUGUGGCUACGAAAAAACAAAGACAAGUUUAAAAACAAAGUUUGUGAACCCAUGAUGCUUGAAAUCAAUAUGAAAGACAAUAGACAUGCUAAAUAUGUUGAAAAUCACAUUUCAGCCAAUGACAUGAGGGCUUUUGUUUUUGAGAGUCAAGAAGAUAUGGAAAUGUUUCUUGUGGAGAUGCGCGAUCAUCAGAAACUAAAAGUGAAUGCUGUAUGUGCGCCUGCUGAAUCAUGUGCUGAAAUCUUACCUUUGAGACCUAUCGAAGAAUUACACCGAUACGGAUUUUUCUCAUAUUUACGAGAGUUAUUUGAUGCUCCUCAUCCUGUGAUGAGUUAUCUUUGCUCCCAGUACCGAGUUCAUGACGUCCCUGUGGGAACAGAGAAGACCAGAAACAUGAUUGAAAGGGUGAGGUGUCCUAAACAGCACAAACGCACCUGUGGUCUAGAGUUUUAUUUCAGAAAUUCUUUGAGGCUUUUUGCUGUUGUAGGCUUACUGGACACCUUAUAUCCCUUUGAAGUACUAUACUACCUUGUGUUAUG